CUGCGACUUGCUGCUGUCUGGCCCAAGUGCCAAGCGACCUUGACUCCCAUCCGCGUCUCCCCCAUCGAUCGUCAUAUUCCAUAUUCGACGCCAUGGCAUCAGCAGUAUUCUUUCUCGACCUGAAGGGCAAGACCCUCCUCGCUCGAAACUAUCGAGGCGAUAUUCCCAUGUCUGCCGUCGAGAAAUUCCCCAUCCUCCUCAGCGAAGCCGAAGAAGAGUCCUCUGCUGUCCCGCCGUGCUUCUCGCAUGAGGGCAUAAACUACCUCUACAUACGACACAACAACCUCUACCUGCUUGCCUUAACAAAGCGGAAUACCAAUGCCGCCGAGAUCCUACUUUUCCUGCACAAGGUCGUCGAAGUCUUUACCGAGUACUUCAAAGCGCUGGAGGAGGAGUCGAUUCGCGAUAACUUCGUCGUUAUAUACGAGCUCCUAGACGAGAUGAUGGAUUUCGGUUACCCGCAGACGACCGAGUCCAAGAUUUUACAGGAAUACAUCACCCAGGAGUCGCACAAGCUGGAGGUGCAGGCCCGCCCACCCAUCGCAGUUACGAACGCCGUCUCGUGGCGCUCCGAGGGUAUAAGGUACCGAAAGAACGAAGUAUUUUUGGACGUGGUCGAAAGCUUGAACUUGUUAGUGUCGGCCAACGGAAACGUGCUAAGAUCGGAGAUCCUCGGGGCCAUCAAGAUGAAAUGCUAUCUAUCCGGCAUGCCAGAACUACGGCUUGGCUUGAACGACAAGGUCAUGUUCGAGACGACGGGGAGGACAACGCGAGGCAAGGCUAUCGAGAUGGAGGACGUCAAGUUCCACCAGUGCGUUCGGCUUUCGCGCUUCGAAAACGACCGGACUAUCUCUUUCAUCCCGCCAGAUGGCGAAUUUGAGCUGAUGAGCUACCGGCUGAACACCCAAGUCAAGCCACUGAUAUGGGUGGAAUGCGUGGUCGAAAGCCACUCGGGGUCGCGGAUCGAGUAUAUGCUGAAGGCCAAGGCGCAGUUCAAGAGGAGAAGUACAGCGAAUAACGUCGAGAUCAUCGUACCGGUGCCCGACGACGCCGACUCGCCGCGGUUUCGGACCAAUAUCGGUGCCGUCCACUACGCUCCUGAGCAGAGCGCGAUCGUAUGGAAGAUCAAGCAGUUCGGCGGCGGUAAAGAAUUCCUCAUGCGGGCUGAGCUGGGACUUCCUAGCGUGAGAGGCGACGACGAGCACGGAGGUGGCAUGACCGGCGGAUUUGGUGGAAGCAUGGGUGGUGUUAGCGCCGGUAAGGGAGCCAAGCGGCCGAUUCAGGUGAAAUUCGAGAUUCCCUACUUCACGACGAGUGGCAUCCAAGUGCGAUACCUCAAGAUCACGGAACCUAAGUUGCAAUACCCAUCCCUGCCUUGGGUCAGAUAUAUCACACAAUCCGGGGAUAUUGCGGUGAGACUGCCGGAUGUCGUAUGAAAGGUCACUGUCCACCUAUAAUGUAUGAUGAGAAUAUUGCUUCCGACAGGUCUAGAAAAAAAGGCUUCAGCUAGAGGUGAUAUGUCACAACUGAUGGUGACAACGCGGGCAUUCCGAAGAGGAUAUGAAUGAGACGAAGUCUUCCAAACUCCACCUCGCCAAC